AUGGUCAUAAAAAGAGCGGAAAGAAUAGAAUUAGAUUUUGAACAGUUGCAAUUGUUGCAAUUUUUUAUAAAUCGAUUUCUUAGCCAGCAUUUAGUAAAAUUUAUCAGUUAUAUCAGUUCGACAGUUACACGGUUCUAUGAACGAGCCACCCGUGACCGAAAUAAGGGCACCUAUACGAGGAGAAAAAUUCUCGUGAAUUUCGCUCCAGGAUGGGUGAAAAUACAGUUGGAAGCAGUUGAUAUUCCGCUUGAAAACGAUGAAACUUUGUUGCUAUCAGCCGUUCAGUCACUUAUUCCUGGUGCACAUGGACUCUAUUAUCGAGAAGACGAUCAGAAGAAAGCAUUAAAGUAUGACGGAUCAACAGGACGAGUUCAUAAAGGUUCACAGGGUUGGCACUCAACACCAAUUUACGUUCAUCUUGCUCAUGGAUAUCGAAACAGUUGCGGAUCUUCUGAACAAUACGAAAAUGCGACGAGAACAUUUGAGAAAAGUGUUAACGCGGUGCACCGUAUGAUAGCUAGUACCGGCUUAAUGAAACGAGAAGCGUCACCUGGAAAGAUAAAUGACUCAAAAUUCCUGACGAAAAGUGAUGAAAUGAAAAGAACAAAUGAACAAAAAGUUGGUGAAAAUGCAGAAGAAAUAUUUAUAAAGUCGGACGAAUUUAGUUUACAAAAUGAGAACAAAAAUCUAAAGCUUAAGCUAGACCAACUUCAAAAAGAAUUGGAAGAGAUGAAGAAAUUCGGCAUGCAAAAUUCCGUCGCUGGAGGCGAACGAUUAUUAUAUGCAACAUUGUUGGAUUCAGAACAGAACGCUAUGCUCGAACAAGGACUGAAUAAUAUGAAAAUUGCUAAAGAACAGGUCGAAAUUGAACUGCGAGAAGAGCGAAUUCGAGCGCAGCAAUCCGAUUUUAUAAAAUCUAGCUUAAUAAGCGAUUUGGAAUUGAGCCUUAGCGAGCAUAAACAUUGGCUUAGUGAUGCACGAAAAAGGAUCAUUAUGCUCGAAGAAGAAUUAACAAAUAAAGGAAGUGAAUAUGAAACAAAAAAGAUUUAUUUAGAAGGCUUCGUUGAAGAUUUGCAAAACAACGCAGUGGGAAAUGAACCACACUGCAGUAUUCAAAGGCAAGGGUUCGAGUCCUAUCCAUGGCCGUUCCACCAACCAACUUUUGCAAAAGUACCACUUGAGAAUAGAAGCAAAGGUAUUACAUUAGUACGUCAAUUAAUGAGAAUACCUCUGCAUAUUAUGACGAACUUCGAAUAUCGAAUAUUAAAUAGUGCCAUGCAACAUGAAUUGGCCGAAUCAGGCAAGGAAAUUGAUCGCCUUUACGGAGAGAUUGAACGAAUAAAACAAGAAUUCGCAGAAAGGUCUUCAGAACAUGCCAAUGAGUAUUAUGGCGCAAUUGCUGGCUUGAAAGAUGAGCUUAUUUCAAAAGAAUCGUUUAUCAGAACAUUAAACCAUGAAAAAAGCGUUGCAGAAUGGUCACUUGGGGAACAUCGACAAUGGUUAUCUGAUGCUAAUCAUAGAAUCUCAGAACUUGAGGAAAUGCUUAAAAGAAAAGAAAGUGAACCGAAUGAAAAUUAUGAAAAAACUUUGAGUUGA